UCAACCCUCGGCUGAUCGUUGCGCGUCAUGCAGGGGUUUCCCGUCAGAUUGACUUGUUUAAGAGUGCAGUGCGCGGAGAUCAGAAAGCAACACAUCUGUGUUCGCAGCAGACACUGAGGACUUUGAACUUGUAAAACGCAUUUAUUUUUCACAAGGCUUUAGUCUUGAUAGAUAAAGCAAGCUUUGAAACGGGAAUUUAAAGCAUCGCUCGUGCUGUAAACAGCUAACUUAGCUAGCUUGCGUAACGUUGCCGCUACCGAAAACAAUAAACGUUAGCUAGUUAACUUUACCUCAGAUUAUUCAUUUUGCCAUUUCGUUUUUACUCUGCGUCAGGAUUUACCUCUGCCUUAGAUACAUCUGUCGUACCAGAAAAGCAGUUCAUUCGCUUAUUCUAUUUUUGUUGCUUUUAACAAAAAAUAACUUUGCCCCAUUAAAGAGAUGUCCACCCUGCCCACCAGCAGACCUGAGAAGGGCAGACCGGAAGUGGCCUCUCCCCCCAAGAGCAUCAGUCCUCAGACAGUCUACGUCAUACUGGACACAUCGGCUGAAUCUGUCAAUCUGAUCAGCUUUGAACCUCUUCUUCCCGAGUCCGGAAUCGUGGCGGAUAUUGAGGUGGACAGCGUAUUCACCACUGAUUCAGACUGUUUCUAUGAGCUGAAGAGUCAGCCCAUUACCCCGAGUGGCUCUUUGACCUCUGCUGACCCCGUGGCCCCCGUGAUGACGUCACGCGUGUUGAUGAGGCAGGAGCUGAUGCGACAGCAGGCUCAGGACCAGGAGAGACGGGAGGCUCAGAAACAGGCCUCCAACGCUCAGCAGCGUUCUGCCGACGCCACGCCUGCCAUCUCAGUUGCCUCCAACCUGCCCGCCACGCCUACCCAGGUGCCCGUGGAAGUCCUGAAGGUUCAAACUCAUUUAGAAAACCCAACAAAGUACCACAUCCAGCAGGCUCAGAGACAGCAGGUGAAGCAGUACCUGUCUCACACCCUCGGCAAUAAAUUAGCCAAUCAGACCCCGGUGACAUCACCCUCGCCCCAGGCUGGCUCCGCCCCAGAGCUGGCGCCCGUUGCCAGCAGCACCCCCAGCAGCCCGCUGGCUGUGCUUAGCCUGGGAUCAAACAAAGAAGAGAUCGAGGACGUCAUCGAUGACAUCAUCAGCCUGGAGUCGAGUCUAAAUGAUGAAUUUAUGACGUUGAUCGACUCGCAACUUCCCAACACGCUGCCGGUCUCAGGAAACCUCCUGGAUGUGUACAGCAGUACAGGGAUGGCAGCACCGACCAUCACCGUCAGUAACUCCUGCCCUGCAAACCUUCACAACGUCAAGCGAGAGCUGAGCGAUAAUGAUCAACGUUUUCCAUCAUCUCAGCAUAUAGAUGCCGAAGCAAAAGCUUUUAUAAAAGAGAGGCAGAAGAAAGACAACCACAACCUGAUUGAGAGAAGGAGAAGAUACAACAUUAAUGACCGCAUUAAGGAACUCGGCGCUCUCAUUCCAAAGUCGUCUGACCCUGAGAUGCGCUGGAAUAAGGGAACCGUCCUGAAGGCUUCGGUCGACUACAUCCGUAAGCUGCAGAAGGAGCAGCAGAGAGCCAAAGAGAUGGAGAUGAGACAGAAGAAGCUGGAACACGCUAACCGUAGCCUGCUGCUGCGAAUUCAGGAGCUGGAUAUGCAAGCCCGUCUCCAUGGCAUCUCUUCGUCUCAGAGCUCAGAGGCCUCCCUCACCCAGCAACAGGCUUUAACUCUGGACCCCAAUCCCAGCAAUGACCUCCUCUCCAAAACCCUGCUUUCUCUCAACGGGACGGGUCUUAACCAGAUCACUCCCUCUUCAUUCUUGUCUCCGCCUUCUUCAACCUCCUCGGUGGGCGGGGCAGUUACCAGCCCUCUGGACCUCGGGACACUCAGCUUUGGCGAGUUAGAUGACCCCGGUUCCUCUGUGUUUAACUCUGCCCUCAUGGCAGAAAUGGGCUUGGGGGACAUUCUGAUGGAUGACAGUGGCGCUCUAUCGCCUGUAGGGGGCGCUGAUCCCUUGCUUUCCUCAGUGUCCCCGGGAGCCUCCAAAACAAGCAGUCGUAGAAGCAGUUUCAGCAUGGAAGAAGACUUGUGACAACCCUAAACCCAGACAGGAGUCAUCUAAGGGGGAUUUAAAUAGCUAGAGCUGCUACGCAACCCGCCGUCUCCAUUCCUGCUUGCGCACUCCAUUGACGGCCAGUAGAGGGCAAUGGUCAUUUAAUAAUCAUCGUACUGUAGACGUCUUGUAAACAGAACCGCAUGUUGUGAACCAUUUGAUCCAGCAACAGAGGGGACAGAAAUAUACAGAGAGUUCUGGAGCGGACGUUGGAUGUUCAGAGAAUCAUGUAUUAUCCAGACAUCUGAUGGAUAUGUAUCAGAAUAUAUGUACAAACAGUAGAGAUCUAGUGCUGAAUAUCUGUUUUGUGUUUUUAUUAUGCAGUUGUAUGAAAAGUAACAAGCACUAUGGUAAUUUUUUAGAUAACACGGAAAGAAAAUGCCUGAAUGGCAAAUAUAUGAUGUGGGUUUUAGACGAGUUCUUUACCUGUGUAGGCCAUCAUCUUUGAUUUGUUUUUACAUUUAAAUCUGAAACUAAAGUUUAGGAUUUUGAAAAGUUAUAUCUAUGGUCACAGAUUCGUGAAAAAUUUGACUGACUCUUGUUGUUACGAUAAUACAACGAGACGAAAUGAUUUAGAAAAUAAUGGAAAUAGACAUUUUCCUGUGGUCUCAGAUCCAGUGGUCGUUGUUUUACUCGCUCAUCACAUAUGAAAGGGACAGUUUAAUUUUUAAUGUGAGUUAAUGUGAGAAUGCGCGCUUCUUCGUCAGUGCAUUUGCUCAGUGCGGCUGUAAACUUGUUCUUAAAUGCUGUUCAUGUCCUCAGGAAAACCAACAGAACAUCCUGUUCACCUCUUCUUCCAUUUCCUGCUGGGAUGUUUUUAAUAUUCUAUAGCUGACGUUGAUAGGGGAGUGAUAGCAGUUUCAUGUCGAGACGGUUAAAGCUUAAAAAGUGUUUUAUUUACAAGGCCACAUCACUAAGUGCAACCCCUUAAAUAAAUACUUUCUUGAAUAUGUAGAAAAGCUUGAAGCCCAAAUGUAUGCUAGAAUAAUGUGCUGACAUCUAAGCCGUCAUUUCUCUGCACGGCACAAAUGAAGAGUUUUUUGUUCAUGCUGCACUGGCUAAUAUGGUAGACAUGCUUGAGGAUUUGAGACCCAAAACAUUUAGAUCACUUGUUAUGUACUGAAUUGUCUAUGCAAGUACUUCCCUUAUGAAGUACAAAAUGUUCAUGUAAACAGACAAAACGUCACAUUUAAAGAGAAGAACCUCUAAUCUCUACCAGACAGAAACAAAUCAUUUUAUUGAAUCGUCAAACCAUCAUCAUGCGUUUAAAUGUAUUAUGGCAAUCCAAUACAUGUCAUAAAUAUUUCAACAUGAUCCAAUUUAUUACUCUGCAUACUGUUCUGUAUUGUUCGAACAGCUUUUUAAUGUUUAUUAGGUUGUUUUCACACAUUCUCGUAAACAUUAAUGAUCACAUUCUGUUGAGCUCUUCCUUUUAAUGGUCUUGGUUUUGGCCAAUACGUUUGUAUAACAUUGUUACAAACACAUUUUGUUUAUAUGGCAGAACAAUGAGAGUUUAUAUAUGAAACAGACAAACAAAAAAUGCUCUUUGUGUGCUUUCUGUGUACAUUAUCAAUAGCAUCAAGGGAAACAUCACCUUACCAUGUAUGUUAUGCCCUGGUAAAUAAUGUAUAUAAUAUAUAUUGAAUAUAUUACAUGCUUGUGUGGCACAAAAACUAACAUUUGUGUAGAUUUUUUUUAAGAUUAGUCUCAACCACGUAUAGCGCUCCUUCCACAGAUCAACCGAAAAAACUUGUUUAAUGUCACACAAAAUACAUUAGAAUGUGCCUGCUGGCAAAGUGAUUUUCUAGGAAACAACAUUUAGAAGAAUCUUUUUAGGAGAUGACAGAACAGAAGCCAUCGAAUAAAUACAUUCUCGUGACAUCUAUGUAAUGUCAAUCUCUCAUGCUUGCACGCGUUUGAUUUAUGUGUUGUGUUAAAGCUUUAGGGUUGUUUUGACACUAUUGUCUUCGUACUCCACACAUGUGUUCAUAGAGACUACAGCCGUCAUGUUCUGCACUAAAAAUGCUCCGAGCUGCCUGAAUCACAUGGAGUCUCGGUGUUCUCUUAGAUAUUUCCUACUAACUGACUGAGGAGUUUUGUCACCAGUUGUGCUCUGUUUGACAUUUUGAACGCUCUCGUGUGUUUUUUCAGGUUGUUGUGCAGUUUCUGCCUGUUAAAACGUCCCCAACCCAUCAGUUAUGUGGUCCGUGCUGUAUCAAAGCAUUAUCUAUAUAAUGAUCAACGCUUUCGCAAUACACUGUAUAUCUGCAACUGAGUAGAGCAGAAUUAGGUCAUGUUUACAAUCAUCUCAUGAAUAUUUUCUUGUUUUUUUUCCUGUAGAAGUCCAGACUUAAGCAAAGGGAACAUGUGUGUCUGUUCUGUAUUUCAGUAUUUCUACACUGUUUGUGGAUGUUUAUGCCUGUGUUUUUUUUACCCCGAGCAACAGUUACACAGAUUACCAUCUUGUCUAUACUCUAAGUAUAAAUAAAGUUGUAAAGCUGAUUUUGUAAGAGUU